AUGAACAGAGCAAUUAUUUUUGAUUUUAAAGAUGGGUAUCUAUAUGUUGGGAAAGAAUUAUCAUGUCAACCUCAUUUUUGUAUUCCUUGGCUAGCAGUUAAUACUCCAGAUAGUGGGUAUUUAAAUGCAUCUUUUUCGCGACUAAGAGAUGUAUUUCAUAAUAAAUUAAAUGAGAGCUCAUUGAAUAGAAACAUUGUUAUUGUUGAUGAUGUGUUGUGUUCAACUCGAAUCAAAAAAUUAUUAUGUGAAUUGUUUUUGAAUAAACUAAAAUGUAAGCAACUGGUAUUUAUUCCUAGUGCCAUAGCUGAAUGCAUUUCAAGCGGUUCGGAUCGUGGAUUAGUGCUCGAGAUUUAUAAUAACCGUGUUGUAUUGACGCCUUGUUAUGAUAAUCGAAUAAUUGAGACAGGUAUAAUAGAAUCAUUAGGGUCACUUAAAAGUAAGAAAACUAUCGAAGAUAUUGGUUUGACAGAGAACUGCUUUUCAACUAAAACUUUUGAUAAAUUAUUGAAUUUUGACGAUGGUGGACAUGAUUUGAAUGAGAUGCCUUUAGUGGGUUUGAUCUUAAAGGUUUUAAAGCAGCUUCCUAUAGAUAUCCGGAAAUCGUUAUUAAGUAAUAUUAUAAUAAGUCACGAAUCUAAAGAAGUUGACUUGAAUAGUAUUCGACAUCAUAUUAAACUAUUACCUGACAGUGCUAUAAUUCUUUCACUGGGAUCAUGGACCGGUGCUUCCAUUUUUUCGAUAUAUGCUGAACAACAGAAGGUUAAAUCUGAAUACAUGGUCACGGCACAAGAGUAUCUUUGUGAUAACUAUAGAGUACCAGACUGGUUUGAGAAUAGAUUCUAG